GAAAGUUUGCUCUCUGUCGUCUGCGUACCGGAGGGGUGGUGGGGUCAACUUCAAGUGGAUUUUUUCCUGUUCUGAUUGCGUCGUGGUCCUCGCGGCAUGUAAAAAACUUUCCGGAUUCCCUGUCCUAGUUCGCAUACCGAUAUUGAGAGCGCCGCUUAGUGCAAGGUAAGGGAUCGUCAUGCAUUGACGAGUUUCAUGCGUGAGUCCGAGCAGUUUAACAAGUUGGUGUUGGGGGUGAACUUUGGAGAUGCUGUUUGCAAGAUCCUCUUUCGGUACUGCUGUGCUUUUAUUAACGGCUAGAAAUAUCGCACGUCACAAGAGAACCAUGGCUGAAGAACGACUGAAGACUGUCAUGGGACAUCUCCAAGGGGGAUCCAUGACCAAUUUGAUGAAAGUAUGGGAGGAAAAAACUUUGUUUGACGAUGUCAACAAACGUCUGUCGAGCAACAGCAGUAAUUCUGAAACGUAUUACCGCUACACGUUGGAUGACCCGCACCUGUCGAAAGAGCAGCGAGAUUUCUACGAAGACAAUGGUUUCCUAGUCAUACGUCGUCUAGUUAAUCAAGCAGACCUGGACAAGUACAAGCACAGGUUCCAGGAGGUAGCUGAAGGACGUGUCAAAAUCCCGGGUCUCGUGGUGAUGAAAGACAUUGCUUUCGCGAAGGAGAAUUCGGACGAAAAGGUGGUGAACAAGCUGCAGGAACUCUACUUGGACGAUGUGCUAUUCAGCUACUGCACCCUGCCACAAAUCCUCGAUUAUUCUGCCUGUUUCUGUGGGCCGAACAUGAUGGCUGUGCACACCAUGCUCAUCAACAAACCUCCAGACGUCGGUACCUUGACUUCACGGCAUCCACUACACCAGGACCUCUACUACUUCCCGUUCCGCCCAGCGCAGCGUAUAGUCUGUGCCUGGACGGCCUUAGAAAAGGUUACACGUGAGAACGGGUGCCUCGUUGCAAUACCAGGAUCUCACAAGGGCACACUUUUAGAACAUGAUUAUCCAGAAUGGGAGGGUGGUGUGAACAAGAUGUACCACGGCGUAAAAAACUUGUCGGAAAAAGAGAUGCAGAAUCGUGUCUAUCUGGAAAUGGAAGCCGGAGACACAGUUUUCUUCCACCCAAUUCUCAUUCACGGGUCGGGGGCCAAUCGCACGAAAGGGUUCCGUAAGGCCAUCUCGUGUCACUACGCGGCCUCAGAGUGCGAGUACAUAGACAUAGCAGGAACUCCGCAGGAAGUAAUCGCCAAGGAAGUUCUCGAAAUAAGCCGCAGGCGCUUUCCGGGACUCAAGUUGCAGAGCUAUGCGGACGUGUGGAAACUACGCGCACGCCUGGUACGUGGGCUCGAGGUAAACAUCUGAUGACGUUGUUAAUGUUAGAGAUCUACGUCGUCCUCACCUGCAUAUAUGGUCCUGCAAAAUAACGAGCAGGCGUUCUGACUACCACGAUGACUACUAAGGACACAUCGCUUGCCUGCCCAGAGGAAUGACGUGAGCUGGGCGCGCUCGUAGUAAUGGCCCGACUUUCCGUACGCAUAGUACCCCGUCAGUUAUCCAUCGAGCACUCUACGUCAGCCUGGUGCUCAAGUGUGAUACGUGUGUGAAGUCACGUGAAGCGUGAGAAAGGCACGUGAAAUCGUAAGCCGGUGGUGGUUUAAUCCGUAAAGGAGGACUGUGCCUUACACAAGGUUUUCUAUACCCAGUAUUGUUACCGCAGUUUGGAUUUUGCACUCUUUACAUCAUGUUGAUGUACUCGUAUUUUACUUCUAGCCUCGUUGUGUCCUCGCCAAGGUGUUUUUACAAUAAAUACCCACUCAUGUU